AUGAGUUCUGAAGAUCAAUUUACUUCUAUUCAAUGGGAUAGAGAUGAUGGCGAAAAUACUAACAACACUCCAACUGAUACAACUAUUAAAUCAAAGUCUUCUAAAUCUAAAAAAUCUAAAAAAUCAUCAUCUAAGAAAAAGAAUGGGAAUAAAAUAUCUCCUCUGUCAACUACUGAAACUUCUGAUGCUGAUGAUACAAUGAAAGAAGUGACAGAUCAAUUGGAAUCGACACAAAUAAAUGAUGAUAAUCAUGAAGUAGAUGACGGAAAUAAAGAGCAAAAUGUUGAUGCCAAUCAAAUUGGUAAUAGUGAUGAAGAUCCAACAAAUUCAUUGUUGUUACCAGUAAAUCCUCAACCUAAAGAACCGCAAGAAGAGAAAGAAGACUUACAACAACAAUUACAACAACCACAACAACAAUUGGCAUCUAUACAACAAGAACCAGCACCAAUUCAACCUCCUUUCAAUGCAGUUGUGAAUGAUGAAUCAUUGUCAAUUCAACAGCAACAACAACAACAACAACCUACUGGAUAUGUUGAUAUUUCUUAUUAUGAAAAAUAUUCUAUAAAAACAACUGUGACUCAUCCUAAUCGUGAUUUAGAUACUGCAUCAAAACCGUUUAUUUCAUAUUUGGUCACUACUACUACUGAUAAUCCAUCUAUAUUAAAAUUAACUAAAGAGAAAAAACCUAAACAGGGAGAGGAAUAUUUGACAUUUAGUGUUAGAAGAAGAUAUGGAGAUUUCCGAUACUUGUAUGAAAGUUUAAGUAAUGAUUUCCCUACCGUGAUGAUUCCUCCAUUACCUUCAAAACUGAAUUUCAAAUAUUUGACUGGUGAUACAUUCAGUUCGGAAUUUGUUCAUAAACGGUUACAUUCAUUGGAUAGAUUCAUUAGGUUUAUUUUACAACAUAAGAUUUUAUCUCAACUGUCAAUUUUCCAUUUAUUUAUUUCUAAUUCAAAUGAUUGGGCUACAUUCACUACAUCUUUAAAACUUAAAGAUUCAAGUUCUGAUGAAUCAGGAAUUGUUGGUAGAGUAGUUAAUGAAGAUUUAAUAACUGAAACCGUGAUGAAUUUUUUAACUCCAUCAAAACAUAAAAAGGAGACAAAUAAAGAUAUUUUAGAAAUUAAUGAUAAAUUGAAGAAAUUAUAUGAAAAUUUAAUUAAAUUAGAUAAAAUUUUUACUAAAUUAAAAAAAAAAAAUCAUGAAUUAGGUAAUGAUUAUGAUCAAUUUCUGAAUCAAAUUUUAAAAUUAUCAUCAGUACAAAAGGGUGAAGAUUCAAUCAUGACAACAAAUUUCAAAAUUUUUUCCGAUUCUUUAAAUUAUUUUCUGAAAUCUUAUAAUGAAAUGUAUCGAUACAUUGAUGAAAAUUUUUUGAUUUCUUUACAAGAUCUAGCGAAAUUUUGUUUAAGAUUUAUUCAAUUGAUUAAAUUAAAAAAUGAUAAAUCUACUGAUUUGGCCGUAUUACAAGAUUUUUUAAAUAAAGAAUUAGCCAACAACCUGGGUGGUAGUGGUAGUGGUAGUGGUAGUGGUGGUAGUGGUCUCCAUCAACCACCUAAUCCAGUUAUUAGUUCAUAUCAAGGGGGUAUUGUAAAUAAUACUACACAAUUAAUUAAAGAUACAUUAUCAACUUCAAACACCACCAUCAGUAAUACUAUUAAAUCUGAUAAAAUUAAAAAUUUGGAACAAGAAAUCGCUAAAGAAACGAAAAUUUUAACUGAUUUAACUAAUAAAAUUAUUAAUGAAGAAUACCCAAAUUGGGAGAAAUUUAAUAAAAUUGAAAUUAAAAAUUCAAUGCUUGGUCUUUGUGAUCAAAAUAUUAAAUUUUAUAAUGAUUUAUUGGAAAAAUUUGGGGAAGUUGAAAUGAAACUUAUAAAGAGAUUAGAUGAAGAUAUGUAA